UGUGGUCCGGGAUUCUGUACUCGAACCGGAUUAGCUGGCUUCGUCGCGGCUUGGUGAAAUAGAAGACGAAGUUGGCUUCGUUGAACUUGCACUGCAUAAACUGACACAAUCCAAACGAAACUCUAUAAAAUAGAGAGCCAGUCAGGCAUCAGUCCGUCUCUCACAACAUUCACAACUGGUUCAUAGAUCGGGAUCUGCAGGCGGUUGAACCAGUAGAGACCGAGACUUCAAAAGCAAACGGAAACGUAACUUUGGGUUUCGUGAACGAUGUCAGGGGAGGAAAGAUGGUGCGUCGUGACCGGAGGCAGGGGCUUCGCUGCUCGGCAUCUGGUGGAAAUGCUCAUCAAAUACGGCACGUAUUCCGUUCGUAUUGCUGAUUUGGGACCAUCCAUCGUCCUGGACCCGGCUGAGGAGAAUGGAGUCGUUGGCGAAGCGCUACAGUCCGGCCGUGCUCAGUAUGUAUCUGUUGAUCUCCGCCACAAGGCUCAAGUACUCAAAGCUUGCGAAGGAGCAAAGGUUGUGUUCCACAUGGCUGCUCCAGAUUCUUCCAUUAACAAUCAGCAGCUUCAUUAUUCAGUCAAUGUACAAGGGACUAAGAAUGUUAUUGAUGCUUGUGUUGAGUUAAACGUAAAGAGGCUUAUCUAUACUAGCUCUCCUAGUGUGGUAUUUGAUGGGAUUCAUGGCAUCAUUAAUGGGAACGAGUCGUUGCCAUACCCAGCUAAGCACAUUGAUUCCUAUUCAGCAACGAAAACAGAAGGAGAGAAAUUGGUUAUCGAUGCAAAUGGUGCCAAUGGACUUUUAACAUGCUGCAUACGUCCGAGUAGCAUUUUCGGUCCUGGUGAUAAGUUAUUUGUUCCAUCUUUAGUCUCUGCUGCUAGGGCUGGGAAAGCGAAGUUCAUUAUCGGUGAUGGUAAUAACGUUUAUGAUUUCACGUAUGUUGAAAAUGUGGCACAUGCCCAUAUAUGUGCUGAACGGGCUUUAGCAUCAGAAGGACAAGUUUCCAAAAAUGCUGCUGGGGAGCCAUACUUUGUAACUAAUAUGGAGCCUAUCAAGUUUUGGGAGUUUACAUCGCUUGUCCUAGAAGGCCUUGGCUAUGAAAGGCCAAGAAUAAAAAUUCCGGCCUUCGCUGUAAUGCCAAUCGCGCAUGUGGUGGAGUGGAUGUAUAAGCUAUUUGGCCGGUAUGGCAUGAAAGUUCCACAAUUGACGCCUUCAAGGAUAAGACUUCUCUCGUGUAGCAGAUCUUUUGACUGUUCAAAAGCAAGGGAACGACUUGGCUAUACCCCCAUAGUGUCACUUAAGGAGGGUCUGAAGAGAACACUUGAGACAUACCCACACUUGAGGGCUGAACAUCAACCAAAAAGAGAGGGGCCAUCUAAAGCUUCCGUGUAUCUUGGAAAUGGAAGGGUUGCUGACACGUUACUUUGGAAGGAUACAAAGAAAACGCUGAUUGCAUUAUUAGUUUUGGUUGGAAUUUACUACAACUUCAUUGCCACUCAAUCAACUAUCAUUACGGUGCUUUUGAAGCUUUUCUUAUUGGCGUCAAUCUUCUUAUUCAUUCAUGGCAGUUUACCAGAUAAAAUAUUGGGAUACUCAAUUGAAAAAAUUCCUGCAUCGCAUUUCCAGUUAUCGGAAGACAAUUCACAACGCUUUGCUCAGUCAGUGGCCUCAUCAUGGAAUACGAGUGUUUAUAUUCUGAAGUCUCUUUGCAGAGGGAAUGACUGGAUGCUGUUUCUCAAGGUGGUUCUAUCCUUCUUCAUCCUUAGCCUCCUUGGAGCCAUGUCGAUUCAGAGCUUGUUUAUUAUAGGAAUUCCUAUUGCCUUCACAGCUUUCUUGGUGUAUGACAAAAGGGAACAAGAAAUUGAUUCUAUGGCCAUGGAAGUUCUCAGUAUGGCAUCCAGAAUGAAGUCUGAUGUUGUCAAAAGGUUCUUAAGUUCUAAAAAGAGCGACUGAUCUCCGCUAGGAGGUGUCUGUAUGCACUGCCCCUUGCCACCCUUGGCAUUCUGAUUAUUUUACGUUGCGUGUGUUGGCAUGUAGCAUUGUCAGUAACGACUUUUGUGCAAGAUCAGGCUUGAGGAGGCUGUUUAUUCUUCUCAAUGUAGCUCACGCUGAUGUGAUCAACGUACCUCCCAAUAACCUUGACAGCAUUGGGUGCGGUAUGUGGUUUUUAGAUCAGUAAACGCCCCUGUAGUGUUAAUAUGGUUCUGCGUCAACCAAACCAAUAUAUUUUGCCUCUGGUAGUCACUGAACCAUUGAUCGGGCUGUAAAGGACUUCAGUGAGUUUUGGAUCUUUGAGGUGUUUUUUCUUCAACGUUUCUUGAUCUUGGUUUUUGAAUCUGCGUU